UGUGUCAGUGGAGGCUGAGGCUCAGUCUGCAAGCGCAUCAGCACCGACUGUCGACCCCUUCCCAACUUGUAGCCUAAAUACGGACAGUUGAAUUAGCAGUUAGCAAAAGGAGGAUGAAUCCGAAUUAGAGGGAUUUUUCUCCCCCACAUAUAAGCGUGCUGCCAAGGUUCUGUCGGAGUUUGAGCCCCUGUGCAGAUGGAACUGAGCAGAAGAAAAGUGCCUCUGUAUGGCGAAGCAAAGGUAUUUGCAUUGCUGGAUGGUUUUGACUCUGCGCCAGAAGAUGCAGAGGUUUACAUUGUUUUGGAAGGAUCCACACUGAUCCAUGUCACCAGGGCUCACAGUGAUGUCAUGCUCUGCUUUAUUGUGCCCGGCCAUAAUCUGGCAGAGAUGGUUUCUGUCCAGGCAUACCUGUGCUCUGAAACUAUACCUCUCACCUGGGUAGGCGAGGCUUCAUUAGAGUAUGUUCAUGAUGAUGCUCAGGACCUCGCAGAGCACCUGGUAAUCCAUGGACAUUGUCUGAACUCCACGGAUCACAACGAGCUGAGCAGCCUCUUCAACCUGGGCCAGCAGAGCUCCCAUUGGGCUAUGGAUCACCGAGUGGCCCUGGCUAUGGCUAACCUCGAUAUCCCCCCAAACUGGAAUGUACUCGGGAGCCACAGUGGAGACGAGCACUGUCCCAGAGAGUCUCCCCUCCACCUAGCUGUUCGAUGGGGUAUGUGUCGACUUGCAGAGCUGUUGCUUUGCCAGCCUGGGGGUUUGAUGGCUGUCAAUCUGCCAAACGAAAAUGGAGUCACGCCGCUGCAGCUGGCACAGACAGCAGGCAACACUGAACUGUUGGAGCUGCUCUCCAACCCACCCAAUCCACUAGCUACACCUCCCGCUGGUCUUUCCCAGGUGUGGGCAGACAGAUCUCGCCUGCUUAGGUUCUGUCAUGACAUGGGGAACCUGACUCUGACUGUCAGACAAAACCUGAGGUGGAGCUCGGAGGAGAGCCGACAUGCUGACAUCCUGCUUCUCAGAGAGCGACUGAGAGAUGAGGACUUCCUCAGAGGGAUCAAAGCACUAAGGAGGGAGCGGGUGGAGACGAUCUUAGGGAAGGAAGAACUAGUGGAUGAUCCUGCAGACAGUGCACUGUAUCCUGACAUAAAUGGAGAAAACUCUGCCGUUGAAGAGAAUGUUCCCAGUUUCUACUCCGAAGUAUACAAGGAGCCGCUGAUGUUCUGUUUGAAUGAGGAGGACGAAGAAGACGAGCCUUCACAGUCUGACUCUGAGAAAAGCCAGUCCAUAAGGGAGAGCCAGGCCUCGUCUCCAACACUGGCUGCAGCUGCCAGACUGUCAGCGAUGAUACACGGCAAAGACCAAGUGUAUGCCAACGCCAUGCUGGUGGAUCAGGUGGACGAUGCUGACAUUAAAUACCGCUCUCCAGGGGAAGAGGAGGUCAGCCCUGCAUCUCAUGCUGACAGCUCCAGCUGGGAUUCGUUCUCUGUGACUCCCCCUAAUUCAGGGAACAGCUCCCAGAGCCGGUGCCUAUCGUCACCCCACAACAGGCUGAGGGGAAUCCAAGGUUCUGGCCUGGAGAACCACAGAGAGCAGUCCCCUCUUGUCUCCCCCCCCUGUCCUUUCGCUUCCUCCCCAUCUUUUCCUUCCUCGCCCCUGGCUUCCGCCCUCCGUUUGUUUGAGGAAGCACACAAGCGUCAGCCGCAGACAGGCUUGCCACGCUCUCCUUCUUUGAGUCGUAGAGGAUGCAGCUUCACAGAGGCAAGCCGAGGCCUGAGCCCUAGUCUAGAGUGUGACAGUGGAGAGGAGGACAUACUGGGACAUUCCUACCCAUCCUCAUCUAUAAGGCAACAGUCCACUCUGCGCUCUAGCUCAGGAGAAGAGAGAGACUCUUUUGACGCUUCUCCAGAUUUCAGUCGUGCGCAAUCCGACAUCACGCACAAAUCAACCAAGAGCCCAGAGGAGGCUGAGGUCCGUCUUCGCUCCUACUCCUACUCCUCCCCUAAAGCAAAGCCGUCACGGCCACUGCUAAACCGCGAUGCAACAAUCACUGAUUUGGAAGAAGAUGGAGCAUUCAACAGCAGCGGUCGUUCUCUACUUCAGGCUUUAUCUCUUUCUAAAUCCCUAUCUCGUCUCAACCAAGUUAAGCAGAGAACAUUCAACUUGACUGAGACGCCCAGAGAAAAGAGGGUUUUGGGUUUCCGUAAGCGGGCCCAGUCAGCAGAGGAGGAGAGCAGCGCACCACUCGAACACCUCACCCUCACAGAGUUCCUCAAAGAGAUCGAGGAUGAGGACUGGGAUAAAUACAUAAUCCCAUCUAAGGUCGAGUCAGAGAAGUACAAAGUCAGCCGGACCUUCAGCUUCCUCAAGAGCAGGAUGUCGAGCACUCGCAGCAAGACUAAGGUGAAGGGUAAAGAGGUGAAGGAGGGAAAGGAGAAGUCAGUCACUCCUAAUGGUCAUCAGUUUGUUCCUGUGUCUCCAUCUGGUCCUGCUCUUUGUGUGGCCUGUGAUAAGUCUGUUUCUGGGAAGGAGCUGUUGCAGUGCUCCAACUGUUUACUGAAUGUUCAUAAGAACUGUCGGGAGUCUGUUGCAGCCUGUGCAAAGAAACUGCAAGACAGGAAUGCAUUGCUGAUGAAGAACAAGGCCUUUUCUCUCCCGCAGAACCCUGUCAAAGAAAACCCACCAUCCUCCAUUUUCUCUUCUUCUUCCUGCCCGUCCUCUUCGCUUCCAACAAUGAACAGAGAAAAAAGAGAAACAGUCGCACCGCUUACUAAAAGCCUCUCUAUCUCUGCAGACAGCAGACGGCUGAGCGACUCAGCAGGUGCGGACUCUGAGUGUGCUGCUCCAACUUGCACUAUUAGCUCACUGUCUGAUGACGGGACACCAGUCACAACGACUCCCCCAGCCAUCGACCUGCCAAUCACCACACAAGAUACUGUUGAUGCUCCUUUACUGGGCGACCUGUCCGCUGACCUGCUGGGACUUGAAGCAGAGUCAUGGAGUCUUGCAGUCACUGCCGAAUUUUGUAGGCAACACGACAGACACACAAUCAAACGCCAGGAUGUUAUUUAUGAGCUGAUGCAGACCGAGCUGCACCAUAUCCAGACCCUAACGGUCAUGUCGGAGGUGUUCAGGAGAGGCAUGCUGGAGGAGCUGCAGCUGGAUUGGGACUGUGUGGCCCGGAUUUUCCCCUGUUUGGAUCCCCUGCUGGUCUUCCACAGGAACCUCUUCAGAGCUCUGCAGGAACGCAGACAGGCUGAAACCCAAACAGAGAACUCCCAAAAUUACAUCAUCCACAGGAUUGGAGAUAUACUGCUUCAGCAGUUCUCAGAUGAAAAUGCUGAGAAGAUGAAAAACUUGUAUGGAGAGUUCUGCAGUCACCACAUCGAAGCUGUCAACGUCUUCAAAGAGCUACAGCAACAGAACAAGAAACUUCAAAACUUUGUCAGGCAACAGAGCAAUAACUCGCUGGUCAGACGAAGAGAGGUCCCAGAAUUUAUCCUGCUUGUAACUCAGCGCAUCACCAAGUACCCAGUGCUGCUGGAGAGGAUAUUACAUUAUACCAAGGAGGGAAGUAUAGAACACUCUGACCUGUCAACUGCCCUGGCUCAGAUCCGUGAUGUUGUUGCAGCAGUGGACCUGACUGUAAAUAAAUAUGAGAAGUUUCAGGAGCUUCAGGAAGUGCUGGCCCGGCUGGAGAACAAAAGCUUUGCCAAGCUUAAGAAUGGCAAGGUGUUUCGCAAACAGGACCUGCACAGCAAACAUAGGGAUCUGCAGCACAAAGGGCUGGUCUACUGGAAAACAGCCACAGGACGUCUGAAAGAUACGUUGGCUCUUUUGCUCACUGACAUUCUAGUUUUCCUGCAAGAGAAAGAUCAGCGCUUCAUAUUUGCUGCUGUGGACCAGAAGCCUCCAGUAAUCCCUCUACAAAAGCUCAUCGUCAGAGAAGUUGCCAAUGAAGAGAGAGGGAUGUUUCUCAUCUCUGCAUCCUCAGCGGGGCCAGAGAUGUAUGAAGUUCAUACCACCAGCAGAGAGGAGAGGAAUGCAUGGAUGAGACACAUUCGACAAGCUGUAGAGAGCUGCCCUGAGGAAGAGGAGGAAGAUGAGCGAAGUGCUGAGACCGAGGAAGCCAGGCAAGCUGCAGAAAUGAGAAUUCAGAAGAUCACCAAGUUCCAAGAAACGCUGUUGGGUCAAGACCAACGAAUCUGCAACAGCCUGGAGGAGAAGUUACAGCUUUAUGCUGAGCUUACAGAAUUAACCCUCCAGUCACCAGAACCUGUACCACAUCGCCACCUGCUGGUAGAAUCAGUACCAUACACCGACAGUGAGACACCAAGACAGGCCUCUUCACUGCUCACAGCUGCACUCAGAGAAGCUGAAAACCUGAUCACCAUUCUCCAGGCUCGUGAGGGCAUCGCUGUGCAGAGUCAGAGCUCUCCUGUCCGAGGCCCUGAGUGCUGCAGUUAUAACAGCCACGGCAGCAGCAUUCAGGAGUCUCCGUCUGAGCCGGAUUAUCUGAGCACGCUAAGCAUGAGCUCCACCUCUCUUGGAUCUGACAGUGAAUUAGCCGGGAUGGACAAUUCGUUGUGGAGCUCCGCUGUUGAGCUGAGAAAAGGAGAGAACAAAGGGACACUGGUGAAGGUGGCAGAGAGUGUCCAGAGCCUGACCCAACUUCUAUACAGUCUACAGGCAGCUGUGACCCUCCAGGACAGCUGCUAUGAAGUCCACCAGCUCCUUCUUCAGGAGGGAGAAGGACCUCAGCUCCGAACCCUCGCCUCCCUUCAAAGCAGCCUGGAGCAGGAGAAGCAGAGGAGUAUUGAGAAGAAAAAAGAGGAAGUGGAAAAGAAGGGUUUAGAGAGGAAGAAAGAAGAGGUGGAUGAGGUGCAGAAACUCCAGGUGAAGCUGAAACAAGAGCAACAACGUUGGGACAAAGAAUGUCUGGCCAGAGAGAAACAACAGAGUGAACAGGAGACUUUGCUGGAGCAGCGGGAGCAGCAGUGUCUUCUGGAAGCUGAGCGGCUGCGCUGUGAGCGUGAGGAGCUGGAGGCCCAGCUGCUGGAGUACCAGCAAAAUCUGGACAGACUGAGGGAGGGUCAGAGGAGUGUAGAGAGGGAGAAGGAGAAGAUCGAAGCGCAACAGAGACUGCUCCAGAGCUGGAGACAUAGCCGCCAGAGCAGCCUGCCUGUUAUGAUUCCACUGGGUGAAUACAAGGGGUCUACCCACAGCCGCUCAGGGAGCCUGGAUGGCAACUGUUCAGUGUACAAGAAUGAGGCAGCUUUGCUCACCUCACUCCAACAGAACCACCUCCACCAGCCCACCAACAACAACCAGCACCAGCAUCCUCUCUCCAUGCCAAGAAAAAACCACGAAGACCCCCUGCACAGUUCCACCUAUUCGACCAACCUCGGCCUCAGUGCCAGCCUCUACAACAGCCUCAACACCCUGCUGAGCCAGACACACAGCAAACAGCCGCUGGAUGGCAUGACAUACCCGAGCUACAGUAACAGUCAUGACUGUCCUCAGGCCCUGAAUGACUCCAUCCACCCCUUUGGCAGCAGGAUCACUACACACUCACAGGAGACCAACACUUCAAACUUCAGACCAGUGGUGGACAAACAAUCCCCGGAUCUGUGGAGGUCAGAGGUCACAGGGCAUAGACUUUAUGAGGACGGCUUCUCUUCCUCUCACUCUCUUAACCCUCUCCUCCCCCCUCAGGCGUACCUCUCUCUCGAGGGGCAGAAUAGGGAUGAGGGAGUUGAGGAGAACAUUGUUUACCUCUAAAGGUCCAUGAGAGAAAAAUAAACAAUAUAGGCCACCAGUUGUAUACUGAACAAACAGUAAUAUGUCUGUUGCUUAAAUGUGUGUGUGUGCAUAUAUGUCCAUGUAAAUAUGAUGGAUUUAUGUUCAUCUAAAAUCGGAGUACAGUAUGUGCCUUUAUCAUUGUAUGUUGUGAACUUUAACCAUUCUCCUCCUGUGUGAUCAAACCAUUGUGCCUUUUCACAAACAAGCUCUUUGUAAAUCAGCUUUUAUAUUUGUACUUCUCGUGUUUUCACUUCUACCACAAAUCUUUUAAGUAUCUGUGCACUUGGUUUGAUGACAAAGGUACCUUUGUGCUACAAACCUUUUGACUUCAAAUACAAGAAAGUCAGGACAGAUUAAAAUUGAUGUAAUUUACGUCUUGAGCACUUAAAAUGAAAUAAGAAUAUAUGAGAAGCCAAUCAACCCCUUUUUUAAACUAUAUAUAGAUUAUUUCUCCAAGUGAUCUUUAAUGAUAUUUAUAAGGGAUUGUGGGCCUCUACGAGAAAUAAAAAUAGACCUAUAUUGUGUAUAAAUAUGAAAUACAUGUAUAGUUUUUCGGAGCGGCUACCUAUGCACAAUAUGUUGAAUUGUUUUCUCACUUAAGUGCCAAAAAUAUAUUGCUGUCUGAUGCUGUAGUGUCUGUGAAGAGAGGGUGUAUUUUUUUCCCCUGUUCCUUGAAAUUUCAGAUAAUUUAUUGCUUAAAAAUUGCUUCAUGCACUGUCAACGUUUAUAAGAUUUUGUUUGAAAAUUUGACUUGUAAUCUUCAUAAUCAGAACUGUGUUAUCAUAUUGUGUGUGUGUAUAUAUAUAUGUAAUAUAUAUGUAUAUAUAUAUAUAUAUAAAACUGUUGU